UCUAUAUUUCACUCGACCUCUUUACUGGCAUUUGCGAGUAAAGAAACCCUCCUUGGUCGUGUUAUGAAAUACACAACUCAACCUCCAUUUCAUUUCCACCCCAAACUCACUUCCUCUCUCAUAAUACACAGGGUUUUUGAGUGACAUCCGAGGAUUUUGUUAUGGAUUAUGAGGCUGAUGGUUUUGGUGCCAAUGGCGAGGGAGAGAGCAAGAGAGUAGUGGGUGGUGAAGGGGUUUCUGAGGAGAGUGUAGCGGGCUCUGAUCAAGUCAAGGGUUUAGAAACAGAGGAGGUUUUUCAGGAGGCAAUGGAGCCACGGGAGCAGGUCCAUGAUCAAGGAUCCGAACUCAAUUUGGAGGAUACGGUAGUUGAUAAACAAUAUGAUGCUGAAACCGGUGUUGCAUUGACUUCUGCUUUGGCGGAUGGAAAUACUCCAGAUGCCGCGCAGGAGCCCGAUUACUUUAAGGAGGCUGUUUUGGCUGAUGCUGACUCUGGGAAGCUGGGGGGAGAUGAUGUAAUUUCUGAGCAAGACUUGGAGGAAAGGGAUGGGCAGGGAAGUGAUAAUGUUCAUCUGGAUGGUGUUGAUUCUGGAGUGCCUGUAGAUGGAGAAAUUUUUGAUGAAUCCCAUGGUGUGGGGGAUGAUAAUCUGGAGAGUAGUGAUGGGGGUGGUGGAAAGGAAGAAUCUGGGUUAAAUUCUGACAGAGAGAUGUUAGUUCAGGAGAAUGGUACUAUGGUGGAUGAAAAUUCUGGUUUGGUGAGUGAGAGGGCUGAAAUCGAUGAUUCUGAAUUCAUGACUCCUAGAGAAAAUGGUGGUAUGAUAUUUGAGAAUGGAAGCACAAACAAGGUCGAUGGUGUUGCUACUGAACCUAUUAUGGAAUCUGAAUCCAGUGAGGUUAUUCCAGCCCAAGGUACUGAUGCUGGGGAUUUGAAGGAGUGUGGCUCAGAUACUGAACUUGGAGAUGACAAGAUAGAGGUAAAGUUAAAUGCUUCAGCUGAUCCUUCUGGGGAGAUUCAAGAUGAUACAUCUGAAGAAGUACACGACAAUUCGGCUCACAUGACUUUAGAACAUCAAGAUGAAGUAACUAGGGAUAUGAAGGAUGAUUCUCUGGGCACUAAUAUGAGUCACGAGGAUAGAAAUGGUGAAGAAAUGAGUACUGAUGGCAUUCAAAAUACUGAAGUAAGAGAUUAUGGUAAUGGCCAUGCUGAAGCUGAAAGCUCACCACCCUUUUUGGAAAAUUCCUCUACUAAUCUGACACCGUCUAUUCAGGAGGCUAGUGCAGCUGAACCAAAGGAAGCAAGUAAUAAGGAUGAUCAAUCUCAGAUUUUUGAUGAAGAGCAUAGAGAUCAUGACAAUACUUCUGUGGUUGAGGAGCCUGAAAGCAUACAGGAGAAGAUUAUUCAACAGACAGGCACCACUCCUAGUGCAGCUGAACCAAAGGAAGCAAGUAAUAAGGAUGAUCAAUCUCAGAUUUUUGAUGAAGAGCAUAGAGAUCAUGACAAUACUUCUGUGGUUGAGGAGCCUGAAAGCAUACAGGAGAAGAUUAUUCAACAGACAGGAACCACUCCUAGUGCAGCUGAACCAAAGGAAGCAAGUAAUAAGGAUGAUCAAUCUCAGAUUUUUGAUGAAGAGCAUAGAGAUCAUGACAAUACUUCUGUUGUUGAGGAGCCUGAAAGCAUACAGGAGAAGACUAUUCAACAGACAGGAACCACUCCUAGUGCAGCUGAACCAAAGGAAGCAAGUAAUAAGGAUGAUCAAUCUCAGAUUUUUGAUGAAGAGCAUAGAGAUCAUGACAAUACUUCUGUGGUUGAGGAGCCUGAAAGCAUACAGGAGAAGAUUAUUCAACAGACAGGAACCACUCAAGUGACUGGAGAGCAACAUGUUCAACCUGCAGCAGAUAUUUCUUCUUCAUCUAAAAGGUCUGCUGGUACUGUGCCUACUCCUGUCCGUCCUUCAUCUGAAAAUUCUCCUGCUGCUGGGCCCACUCCUGUUCAUCCAACUGGCCUUGGUCGUGCAGCUCCAUUACUGGAACCUGCAUCUCGGGUAGUGCAGCAGCCCCGUGCUAAUGGUGCCGUGUCUAAUACUCAGUCCCAGCAAAUGGAGGACUCCUCGAGUGGGGAGGCUGAGGAGUAUGAUGAGACACGUGAGAAACUUCAGAUGAUCAGGGUGAAGUUUUUACGGUUGGCUCAUAGGCUUGGGCAAACUCCCCAUAAUGUUGUUGUAGCUCAAGUUUUAUAUAGAUUAGGACUGGCUGAGCAACUCCGAGGAAGGAAUGGGGGUCGUGUUGGUGCUUUUAGCUUUGAUCGUGCAAGUGCAAUGGCUGAGCAGCUUGAAGCAGCAGGUCAGGAGCCACUUGAUUUCUCUUGUACAAUUAUGGUCCUUGGAAAGACAGGAGUUGGUAAAAGUGCUACCAUCAAUUCUAUUUUUGAUGAGGUUAAGUUUAAUACCAGUGCUUUUCAUAUGGGAACCAAGAAGGUUCAGGAUGUUGUGGGAACAGUGCAGGGCAUUAAGGUACGGGUCAUUGAUACGCCGGGACUUCUACCUUCCUGGGCAGACCAGCGAAGCAAUGAGAAGAUCCUCCACUCUGUUAAGCACUUUAUUAAGAAAACUCCACCUGAUAUUGUGUUGUAUCUUGAUAGGUUAGAUAUGCAGAGCAGGGAUUUUAGUGAUAUGCCACUCUUGCGCACAAUAACUGAAAUUUUUGGGCCAUCCAUUUGGUUCAAUGCCAUUGUGGUUCUGACUCAUGCUGCAUCUGCUCCUCCUGAAGGCCCUAAUGGUACUGCUUCCAGCUAUGACUGGUUUGUUACUCAACGUUCUCAUGUUGUGCAGCAAGCCAUUCGUCAAGCAGCUGGUGACAUGCGUCUCAUGAAUCCUGUAUCCUUGGUGGAGAACCAUUCUGCUUGCAGAACAAAUAGGGCUGGUCAGAGAGUAUUGCCAAAUGGCCAGGUUUGGAAACCUCAUCUGUUACUUCUAUCUUUUGCCUCCAAAAUUCUGGCUGAAGCAAAUGCUCUUCUCAAGUUACAAGAUAGUCCACCUGGGAAGCCAUAUGUAGCUCGAACAAGAGCGCCUCCAUUACCUUUUCUUUUGUCAACCCUUCUCCAAUCAAGACCGCAGUUAAAGUUGCCAGAGGAGCAGUUUGGUGAUGAGGACAGUCUUGAUGAUGACCUUGGUGAAUCAUCAGAGUCUGAUGAUGAAAAUGAACAUGAUGACUUGCCGCCAUUUAAACCUUUAACUAAGGCCCAGGUGGAAGAGCUGUCUAAAGCUCAUAAGAAAGCAUAUUUUGAUGAGUUAGAGUAUAGAGAAAAGCUUUUGAUGAAGAAGCAAUUGAAGGAAGAGAAAAAGCAACGAAAAAUGUUGAAGAAAAGGGCAGAAUCAGCAAAAGAUCUGCCAAGUGACCAUAGUGAAAAUGUGGAAGAAGAAAGUGGCGGUGCAGCUUCUGUCCCUGUUCCCAUGCCAGAUUUGGCCCUGCCUGCUUCUUUUGAUUCUGAUAACCCCACUCACCGGUAUCGUUAUCUUGAUUCGUCAUCAAAUCAGUGGCUUGUAAGACCUGUUUUAGAAACUCAUGGAUGGGAUCAUGAUGUGGGUUAUGAAGGGUUGAAUGUAGAAAGAUUGUUCGUUGUCAAGGAAAAGAUUCCUUUAUCUUUCUCCGGUCAGGUUACUAAAGAUAAAAAGGAUGCUAAUGUUCAGAUGGAAAUAUCCAGUUCAGUUAAGCAUGGGAAAGGGAAAGCAACUUCAUUAGGUUUUGAUUUGCAAACUGUGGGGAAGGACUUGGCUUAUACAUUACGCAGUGAGACAAGAUUUACUAAUUUUAGAAGAAAUAAUGCAACUGCUGGUCUCUCAUUUACUUUACUUGGUGAUGCCUUAUCAUCUGGGUUGAAGAUUGAAGACAAAUUGGUUGCUAGUAAGCGAUUCAAGCUUGUUGUCAGUGGUGGUGCAAUGACAGGGCGGGGCGACAUUGCUUAUGGUGGCAGUUUGGAGGCCCAACUGAGAGAUAAGGAUUAUCCUCUUGGUCGUUUCUUAACUACGCUUGGCCUUUCUGUUAUGGAUUGGCAUGGAGAUCUUGCUGUUGGGUGCAAUGUGCAAUCUCAGAUCCCAGUAGGACGACAUACAAACCUUGUUGCCCGGGCAAAUUUGAAUAAUCGAGGGGCAGGGCAAAUAAGUAUUCGAUUAAAUAGUUCAGAACAGCUUCAAAUUGCUUUGAUUGGUCUCAUCCCUCUCCUAAAGAAGCUAGUUGGUUAUCAUCAACAAACGCAGUUUGGACAAUACUGAUAAUGAUAGUUUUAGUUUAUUUGAGCUGGAGCACUUUCAUGGUAUUAGGGAAUGAUUUCAAGAUGGCAUCUUUCAUGAAAUGAGUGAUACUGAAUUUCGUUAUGUUUUUUAUACUCAAAAGUUUGUCUUAUUUGAUCAUAAAGCAGUACUUUUCUAUGUUAGCGAUUCUCUUUUGGUGCUUUUGUUAUGUUAUGCUGCUGAACUCUAAGAAUUACAUCAAUUUUAUUCUUGUCUUCUGCGUAUAUAUUUAAGGCAUUGUAAAUUCUUCUCUUCUUUCUUAGAA